UCGCCCCUUGACCUGUCCCCACGCCAACACAUUUUGCUACAUAUGUCGACGGCGAACGACCGUGAACUUGUUUGUAGGACAACAGUGGCCAAUAGCGACAUUUCGCCACGGCCAUUACAACUUCAUGACCUGAACCCAAAUAUCAUGCCAGAGAUCCCUCGAAUGACCCGUCCUAGGGUGCCCGAGAAGUCACACCGCGGGUUCGUUAGAGUGUUGGCUGCUUCCCCUGGCCCUGGUCUUGCGAACUACACGGGCAACCCUCCACCAAUGGUGCCACGGUACCGCUUUGGGUUCAUCACCGACUCUGUGAUCCUGCGUGGUCUCACCCCGCCAGAGCUCCACUACAAGUCAUUCAUGACCGAAAACUACAUAGAAGCUCAACUGAAGGAGUGUUGUGCCCGACAUUGUUGA